AUGUCACACAACGGAAUCGGCCUCCAGACGCCCCGUGGCUCGGGCACUUCAGGCUACGUCCAGAAAAGUCUCUCAACGAAACGACAAGAAGGGUUUCGGGCCAAAAGAGAACGUGAAGCCGAGGAGGAAGAACGGCGCAAGACGAGAGCCCGCCAGGCAGAAGCAAGAAAAGGCGCAGACUCGGCCAUUGUAGAGCAUAACAGAAAAAGGUGGAUUGAAGUGCAAGUUCUGGAGCUUCGAGACAAGUUGGAAGACCAAGAUGAGGACGAGGACAAGAUCGAGUCUGCUGUCCGUGCUCUUAGGGAGAAGUUGACGAAAGAGGGAACGAAAGGAAUGGAUAGGGGUGAAGAGAAGGGCGAAGACGUCGAAAAAAAGGAACAGGACAAAGACAAGGAUAAAGAGGUUGACCAAAAGGAUAAAGAGGACAACCAAAAGGAUAAAGAGGACAACCAAAAGGAUGAGCAGCAAAAGGAUAAAGAGGACAACCAAAAGGAUGAGCAGCAAAAGGAUAAAUCAGACAAAAGUCGGACUGAACAAGAUCCUCUAUCAAGCAAACAGGACAAUUCAAAAGCCUACAGUUAUGUUCCUCGCUACAAGGAUAGGUGA